CCACGAGGAAAGAAAAUAGGAUAUGAAAAGAGGCUUAUGCUAAGAGACCGUGAGGUGCAAGGUCGAAUAUGAGAGAUUGGUUGAACGGGGCACUUUGCGUGGUAAUAGCUGGUCGGCAAUAGUACUAUGAUUUGGUAUGUGGCCACUCUGAUAGCAAGUGUAUUCAGCACCAGAGGAACGGCCGCUCAAGGUGCCCACGGAGUGAGAGAGGAGCCCAGGUUUGUGACGGCGCGCGCUGGAGAGAGCGUGAUCCUGGGGUGUGACGUGUCCCCUCCCCUGGACGGCCAGCAGCCCCCCUAUGUGGUGGAGUGGUUCAAGUUUGGAGUGCCUAUUCCCUUCUUCAUCAACUUCCGCUUCUACCCUCCUCAUGUGGAUCCAGAGUACAACGGUAGAGCCUCUCUGCAUGGGAAGGCCUCCCUGCAGAUUGAUCCAGUGCGCUCCGAGGACCAGGGCUGGUAUGAGUGCAGGGUCCUGAUGCUGGAGCAACAGUACGACACCUUCCACAACGGCAGCUGGGUGCAUCUGACAGUCAAUGCCCCACCUUCAUUUACAGCAACGCCGCCACAGUAUGUGGAGGCGAAGGAAGGGGGAAGCACUCUGCUUAGCUGCUCUGCCCAGGGAAAUCCAAAACCAAUGAUCAGCUGGCUGAGAGAGGGGGAGGAGCUCGCAACCAACGCAAAAUAUUCAGUCCACGAUGGCAGUCUAACCAUCCUUGGCAUCACUAGAGAUGACAGAGGGGCGUACACAUGCCGAGCCUACAGUGACCAGGGAGAGGUGCUCCACACUACCCGUCUGUUGGUUCAAGGGCCUCCAUACAUCGUGUCACCACCAGAAAACGUCACUGUAAACAUAUCCCAGAAUGCACUCUUCACCUGCCAAGCGGAGGCGUAUCCUGGCAACCUGACCUACACCUGGUUUUGGGAAGAGGAUAACGUCUACUUCAAGAAUGAUCUGAAGCUCCGAGUGCGCAUUCUCAUCGACGGCACCCUUAUCAUCUUCCGGGUCAAGCCGGAGGAUGCUGGGAAAUACACCUGCAGUCCGAGCAACAGCCUCGGCAUCUCGCCCUCAGCAUCAGCCUACCUGACUGUUCAGUACCCUGCCCGGGUGAUCAACAUGCCCCCGGUCAUCUACGUCCCACGGAAACUGCCAGGCAUCAUCCGCUGCCCGGUGGACGCCAACCCUCCUGUGACAUCAGUAAAGUGGGAGAAAGACGGCUAUCCUCUCCGAGUGGAGAAGUACCCCGGUUGGAGCCUGAUGCCAGAUGGAAGUAUCCGGGUGGCGGAGGCCACAGAAGACUCCCUGGGCACCUACACCUGUGUGCCUUACAACGCCCUGGGUACCAUGGGCAUGUCCCCCCCUGCCACUUUGGUGCUAAAGGAUCCCCCUUAUUUUAAUGUGAGGCCUGGGGGGGAGUACCGUCAGGAGGCUGGGAGAGAGCUAGUAAUCCCCUGUGCUGCUUCUGGAGACCCUGAUAUACCAACCAUCACCUGGAGAAAGGUGGGGAAGCCAAGCAGGAGUAAACACAACAUCCUACCCAGUGGCAGCUUACAGUUUCUGUCCCUCAGCAAGGAAGACCAUGGAGAAUGGGAGUGUGUAGCCACCAAUGUGGUCACAAGCAUCACUGCCAGCACGCGUAUCCUAGUCAUCGGCACCAGCCCACACGCUCCUGGCAAUAUCCAUGUAUUGCCCUCAACAACCUCUGCUAAUGUGUCCUGGGAACCAGGUUACGAUGGCGGCUUCGAACAGACCUUCUCUGUGUGGUACGGUCCAGUGUCAAAGAGAAUCGACUUCGGUCCUCACGACUGGCACUCGAUGCCAGUUUCUGGUGCUCAGACCUGGUUGGUGGUGCCAGGGCUGGAGCCUGGGACGGAGUACCAGUUCAGUGUGUUGGCGCAAAACAAACUGGGCACGGGCCCAUUCAGCGAAGUUGUGACAGUCAACACUGCAGGCUCUCCUCUGGGUACCCCAGAACCACUGGUGCUUCUUACUCCACCACGGUGCCUCACAGCCAAUCGCACGCAGCACGGUGUCCUCCUCACAUGGCUCCCUCCAGCCAACCACUCCUCACCCAUCGACCGAUACAUCAUGGAGUUCCGCCUCGGGGAGAGGUGGGAGGUUCUGGAUGACCUGAUCUCAUCCACUGAGACCGAGCUCAUAGCCAGAGACCUCGUUCAGGAGUCCUGGUAUGAGUUUCGAGUGAUGGCUGUCAUGGAUGACCUGAUCAGUGAGAGCAGCAAUGUCGUGGGAGUAUCUAGCACGGAUCCCUUCCCUCCUGCGGAGUUGCCUGAGGAGGGGCUGGCGCGGCCUGUGGUGGCAGGUGUCGUGGCAACUAUCUGUUUUCUGGCAGCGGCGGUACUGUUCAGCACUCUAGCAGCUUGCUUUGUCAAUAAACAACACCGUCGCAAACUCAAGCGUAAACCAGAUCCUCCCUUGUCGGUGACACACUUCAGGAAAAGCAUUGAGUCACCGCCUCCUCUCACCCCCUUGCCAGGGGUAGAGCCCUGCUGGGACGAGCCUGCCAGGAGCAGUUUCUUGCCCCCGCCCGCCAGCCCCCUGUUAUCGUCGGGGAAGAUAAGUCCAGAGAGCUCCCCUCCAUCACGGCCGCGCUCUCUUUCUUCAGAGGGUUCCCACGGUCCGGGCCUGUAUGUCAGGAAGCUGCCCAGCCCUCAGAGAGAAAAAGACAAAGAGCUCUCCUUCUACAAGAAAACCAAGCGUGCCAUAGUCAGCAAGAAAUACAGUGUGUCCAAGCAUGAAGCAGAGGUCACCACGCCUAUUGAGCUGAUAAGCCGUGGCCCUGAUGGCCGCUUCGUCAUGGAGAGCAGCCCACCGCCCCGCCGCAUCCAGGGCUUCCCCUUCGCAGAGGAGUCUGACAUGUACCCUGAGUUCCGGCAGUCUGAUGAGGAGAAUGAUUUUGACCCCGGGCCUCUGCCGCCCAUCAUGCCCACGCUGCGGCCUCAGCUCUCCCCAACGUCCUCCAGCCUGGAGUCAACGCAGCCCCCCACCUACAGCCCCCGCCUACACAGGCCCAUGGAAGGUAUGAGCUUUGCAGAGGGCAGUGCACUUCACGCCUCAGGGCAGGCCCCGGCCUCCCGCUACAGGGGCUUUCCCCAGGGCCCAUUCUAUGGGUAUCUAGGCAGCCGUGCUGAAUCAGGGAUUCCACCACCAUUCUACAUGCCUGACAUCAGCCCGCGUAGCUCCGCUCUGUCCUCCCCCCCAGGCAUGGCCGAGGGGCCCUUUGGUUACCCCUCCAUCCCCGAGGAAAGUGGAGAGAUGGAGCACCAUCAGUACACUGCCUCUGGCCAUUCUCUGUCUCACACACACAGCCCUCCUCCUCACUCACCUGAAAGCUGGCAGCCUCAUGAGCUACCCUUCCUGGGUCUAGAGGGUCCACGGUUCAUAUACCCACCUCACCAUCCCUUACAUCAUCCCCAGGACCUUCCCGAUCCACCCCCAUACCCUCCUCACUCUCUACCCCCCAGUCGCCUGCACCUCCCUUCCCUAAAGGAUCCAACAAGCCCUGGACUCCUGCAGCUGGAGGUCCCUGUGGCUCCCCCAGGCAGAGACAGGCCCCCGGGGCCUCCGGUUAGGCGUUUAGCUAUGCAACAGGCCCAAAGUCUCGGCCAGCUCAGACACACGGCCCACGGUGUGGGUGUACCAGUGUUGCCUUACCCUGACCCGGCAGCCCGUGCAGGGAGCCCAAGCACAGCCCCCAGUAGUAGUCCUCAGUCCUGGCUCAGCCCGAGGGCGGGGCGCCGGGCAGACCCCAGCCUACCCCCGCUAGUACUCCAGCCCUCCCGCCUCUCUCCACUCUCCCAAAGCCCCCUUAGCACCCAGCCAGGUUCUCCAGAUAUUCUAGUGCGGCCCCCUCCGCGCCCCAGCAUCCUCCGCACCUCUCGGUCUCUGGAGAUGCCUGAGAUCACCCUGCAGCCCUCGGCCACUGUCAGUUUCUCCCGGAGGUCCUCCCUGACCGCCUCUCCCACUCAGAGCCAGGGCACCACGCAACCCAGCCCCAGUUACCACGCCCACAUGUCCUAUGCCUCCACUGCAGCCAGUUAUCCCUCCCAGUCCCCCUCUCCCCCUCCGGAGGGCAGGGAUGUUUUCGGGCAGAGGCCAUCCCAGAGAAGGACAGAGGAGGAGAUGCUACCCUCAGAGCCCUCCCAGCUCCAGAUAUCAGCCUCAGGGGAACCUCUAGGUGCGUCUAGUGAUCCUGCCGGGUCUGAGAGCUUACCAGCACUGCUACACCACUGUAUUACUAAAGCCAAGGGAGUGGCUGCCAACAACAAUAACAACACAACCUCCAGACAGAGAACAGGUGUUUCUCCCUCUCAGACCCAGCAGCAAUCUCAGACACCCCAAGAGGGAAAGGAUCUCAACUUCCACAGAAAGAGGAAAAGGCAAAACAAGAAGAACCCCUAUCUCUAUUUGACCUCCUUCCUGCACCGCAGGCAGUCUGAGGAGGACCAGACAGGCAUUCUGGCCAGUGCAGACUCUGAGGGCCCAAAUUAUGGGACUCUACGCUGACCGGUGAGCCCA